AUGCUGUUUACAAGCCCUUGGUUUGGCGCUACUAUGCCAGAGUCCAAUGUGUACGGAGUCGACAUUGAGAAUGGAGCCAAUCUGAUGACAAUCUCUGUCGGUCAUUCGCUUGACGCCCUGUGCUAUGUGGUUGGAGAGCUUCACGGAGUCCAAGCCACUCUUGCCAACAACCGACCAGAGGUCACUGUUACUGACGCAGCCGGAAACCCCAAGAGAAAUGUCAAGAAGACCUCACACGAUCACUGCUCCGUCAUUGGCACUCUUCCAGGUGGCGGAGUUGCCACAGCUAUCUGCCAAGGAGGCAUGAGUGCCGCCGACAAGAAUUUUUUCUGCGAAAUCAUCGGCACAAAGGGCACGCUACUCCUCGAAGGACCCAUGGGCAACGUCCAGGGAUUUCCACCAACCAUCAAGUUCAUCGACGCCAAGCCCGAAGCGAAGCCACAGCCGAUCGAGGUGCCACGUGCGACGGGCUUCGAGUACAACACUGGCAAGGCUUGGGAUGCGUUUGCUGGGGACAGGUCGGGAGAGGCUCCUGAUUUCCAGGUCGCUCUGACACGACAUCGGAUGUUGGAGGCGAUCUAUAGGAGCAAUGAGAAGGGAACAAGGGAGGAUUAUGUUUAA